AUGUCAACUGAUAGAAUGAUUGGUGAUUGGUUAGGUAUUACUGUACAUCCACAUAAUGGAUUGAGAAAUGGUGAUGUAGAAAUUAGAGACUGGGAAGUAUUUGUUAGUGAUGAUGAUAAAAUUUUGAGAAAGCAAUACAGUAUGGUAGUAAAGAAACAGUCAGGAGGACCUUUUAUGCCUAAAAGACAUGGCUCAUUAAGUUAUUCAAGAGGAUCAAGACAUUACGGCUCAUCAAAGUAUGAUUACUUUGGUUCAAAUUUGCAAAGCACAGAUGAUCAAUUCAAUUUUACCUUUAAAAGUGAUGAAAAAAUCAAUUUUUGUGCAUUUCAACCACAACAAAAUCAACAAAUAAAUUGCAAUGAUGAUGAUAGGAUAGAUAGUUCAACUCUAUCGCCUUCAUUAUCACUGUUAACUCCACCAAUACAACCACAAGAUGUAUAUACAUCUUUGGUUAAUAAUGCACAAUAA